ACAUAAGCUAAACUUAACUUGGACUGAUCGAAACACAAAACGCCAAUGACGGCUGUCCAACAGUAAACCGCCACGUGUCUUCUCUCUCGAAUCCGAGCAACAAUCUCUCUCUGCUUUGAUCUGUGUUGUUUUGGCGUUCUAAAUGAUCCAUUAUCUCCAUUUCAUCGGUGAGCUUUGGCUCUCGAGUGCUGUUAAAUUAGUUGAGUGGUUCUCGGAGAAUCUGUUUCUCAGUGAAGGAAGCAGAAGAAGAACAACAAUGGCGUUAACGAAGAGAGGAUUCGUGAUGAACUCAAAUGGUAGAUUUCACGGCGAGGAAGAGGAAUUAGAGUUAGGUUUAGGAUCAGUGAGGUUCACGAGAGUAUUAGGGAGGAAAAGGAUUUUGAUUUCGAGUAGUGUUCGUGAAUCUCUAUCUAGAUCGGCCGCUGAGAUUCCGGUAGUAUCUGAAUCGCCGCCGGUGAAGAGUUCGUUGAAGAGACAACGAAGCAGAACAAUGAUUUCUUCUUCUUCGUCCUCUGAGAAAUCUCCCCUUGAAUCUCUGCCUCAAGAACUCUUGAUUCGAGUGAUUUGUGGUGUUGAUCAUGAGGAUCUCAAGAGUCUAAAACUCGUAUCUAAAUCAAUCAGAGAAGCUAGUUUGAUAGCCAAAAGGUUACACUUUGCGUACACCACACCAAAAAAGACUCGAGCUUUUCGAAACUCGGUCGAGCUCGAGGAGAUUUCGGAUUCGAGCCAUCAAGAGGACGAUAUAAAGCCUCCUAACGCACCGAGUCAUUAUCGUUGGACCAAGGCUAAGAGGAAAGAGCAAUUGUCCAGCGUCUCUGUGGCAUUGUUUACUUGAAAAUGAUACUGUAUGUGUAAAUGGUUUGAUUCUAGUGGCUAAGUGUUUUACACACUUUUGACUACUAGGAAUUUCUCUGUGAUGGUUAUAGGUUUUUUUUUAUUAGUCUGCAUUUUGAUUCAGAAUAAUUUAGGGUUAGUGAUGAUUUUUGUAUAGAAAUUCAUUUUGUAUACAUUGGGAACUGAUAUGGGUUUUUUCUUAUAUACUACUAUCUAUUUUAGUCUUUUAGGUUUAGUCAGAGACUCAGAGGAUCCAAGGUUUUUGUCUUAAGGUGCAAUAAAGAUUAUCAAUUCUCAAA